CCGGUUUCGGUUAGAACCGUAACCGCGGUUCGGAAACCGGCUAGUCGACGGUCCGAACCUCCGGUUUGGAAUAGAAUGGGCAGCUCGCGAAAUCGCUGCCUUGCAAAGUCGCGGUCCCAAAUCCAAAGAGCGACUUCGAUUAAGCAAAGAACCGUCACCGGAAGUAUCAGUUUGCCUGCAACCCUUUUGUCUUCUGCUCAGUAAUUUUCCGCGGUGUCGCCGGCGGGUUUUCAGUUUCAUCGUGAACACAUUCGCACUCUACAAAGAGCCGCUUGUUUGAAGCUAUUCUUCUUCUAAUCAACCGGACAAAGUAUGGGAUUUGGAGACCGAGGAGUGAUUGCGGAUAGAUGGUCUUCAAGGAUUCUGUGGAUUUGUGCAAUUGGGACUGCAGUUGGUCUUUAUAUGGUCGCAGUUGAAAGGCAAAUGCAGAACAGAGAAAAAAUGAUGGCUGAAGCACUAAGGGCUGCUGAAUCAGGUACAGAUGGUGCAGAAUAGUCUGAAUCUAGAAAUGCAUCUAAACAUAGAAUUUCUUACUAAAUACAAGGAUUUUUGUGCUUUGAAACUCAGAGGUUUAUUUUAGAGCCUCGUUUAUUAGGCCAUCAUGCAUGCUGGCUAAAUAAUUUUCAUGUAAUACUUUCUUUUGCCAUUGAGAAACAAACAAUAUUGCAAACCAUGUUUCAAAAAAUUAAGCUUCAAAUUCACACUAGGAAGUAGUGGCUUCGAGUUUCUCUGAAGUGUAUCACCAGUUAACUCCUGCUUAUUGAAAAGAUCCUUACAGGAGCAUUAUC